AUGCUGCAGCGCUUGCCAUUGCCGUCGUCGCGCCUCUUGCCGUUUUCGAGCCGACUGUUUGUUUAUAGUAGCAUUGGAAGCAUUGUCUACUGCACCCACGGACAGUUUGAAAAUGUCAGCAACGCGUUUUACGCUGGGGCGUGGAGCCUUCCGCUCACCAUCAACGGCGUCGACCGACCGGCCGGUGCAUACAACACAGCAAGCGUCGCCUGCAUCGGGUCGCUCCUGCUUCCAUGGCUCGUCUAUCCGUUGAUGAGCUGCUUGGGCUUUUCUAUUCUGUCAGCCAUGAGUUGCCGAUACCUCUACGACCGUCAAUGGACUCUCGACAUCGCAUGGACUCAGCGCAAUGCACUGCUCUCAGCGACACGCCUUCCGCGGCUGCUCACAAGUCUUCCGCUGGGCGAAGAGUCUGCGAUCAGCAUCGGCAACAAAGUCUUUUGCAAGCCGAGUGCGCAGGCGGUCCUCGGUUUUGCUACGAUCGUCGAGCGCACCACCAGCCGUGUCGAGGUCGCGCUCAAUGUGUGCCCCACACCGAGCGGGAAAGAAGGUGACAAGUGCUUUGCCAAGCUCAAGCUUCUUAAGACGGCGCCACUCACGCUCGUCGUGUCGACGUACGCCUUGGUACCGAUCCUUCUGGGCUGCCGUCGUCCCGCGUCACCCAAGGGUACGAUCACGGGCAACGAAUUCACCGCGGUGACGACGCCCGCAUCGACGACGUCGCUGCGCAAGCUCAUUGGCAGCAAACACUUUGUCUACAACCGCGGUGUUUGCUUGGCUUAA